AUGGCUCGAACGCAUUCUGAAGCGAGCCAUCGUAGAUCAACUUACUUCCAGCAAUCUGACAUCUCCAGCUCAACACGGAUUUCUCCCAAACCGUUCUUGCGUGACAAACAUGCUCGUGAACGACAGCCACUGGCCGACAAGAACAAGACCGACCCGGGAAACUUGGGCAAAAGCCUCGAUCUUGUGUAUCAAUCCGGCGGGACAUUUGAAGGCUGCCUUACGAUGAAGCGGUCGGAAACUCGUGGGACGACGAUCUGUAUUAUCAAUCCGUGA